UGCGCAGGCCGCAGGGGCGGUCCCCUGCUGCGCGGUGGCUCGGUGGCGGCGGCGACGCCCGGCUCCGACCCGCAACUUUGUCAUGGAGUUUGUGCGAGCCCUGAGGCUCGGCCUGGCGCUGGCCCUGGCCCUGGGGCCCGAGCCGGCCCGCGGCCACCCGCAGCCGUGCGGGGUCCUGGCGCACGUCGGGGGCUCCGUGCGCCUGGGGGUCCUGCUGCCCCGCGCGCCCGCCGUCCGCGCCCGCGCCCGCGCCGCCCUGGCCCGGGCCGCGCUGGCCCCGCCGCUGCCCUACAACCUCAGCCUGGAGCUGGCGGCCGCCGCGGCCCCCGCGCGCGACCCCGCCUCGCUGGCCCGCGGCCUGUGCCGGGCGCUGGCGGCUCCGGGCGUGGCGGCCCUGCUCGCCUUCCCCGAGGCCCGGCCCGAGCUCCUGCAGCUCCACUUUCUGGCGGCCGCCACCGAGACCCCGGUGCUCAGCCUGCUGCGGCGCGAGGCGCGCGCGCCCCUCGGCGCCCCGACGCCGUUCCACCUGCAGCUGGACUGGGCCAGCCCCUUGGAGACCCUGCUGGAUGUGCUGGUGGCCGUGCUGCAGGCCCAUGGCUGGGAGGAUGUGGGCCUGGCAUUGUGCCGUGUCCGUGACCCCAGUGGCUUGGUGGCCCUCUGGAGAAGCCGGGCUGGCCGCGCCCCGAGGCUUGUGCUGGACCUGAGCCGGCUGGACACUGGGGACGCAGGGUUGGGGGCACGCCUGGCCGCCCUGGGGACACCUGUGGGAGGGGACUUACCUGUCUCCAUGGUUGUCCUCUUGGGCUGUGACGCUGCCCGUGCCAGGCAGGUGCUGGAGGCUGCGCCCCCUGGCCCCCGCUGGCUCCUGGGCACACCACUGUCCCCAGAAGCACUGCCCAGAGCCACGGCCGGCCUGCCCCCUGGGCUGCUGGCGCUGGGCGAGGUGGCCCGGCCCCCCCUGGAGGCUGCCAUCCACGAUGCCGUGGUGCUGGUGGCCCAGGCCCUGGGCACUGCUGCCCAAGUACAGCCAGAACGCGCCCUGCUCCCAGCCGCAUUCAGCUGUGAGAACCUGCAGCCUGCAGGGCCAGAGUCCCGGGGGCGCUGGCUGGCCCGGUUCCUGGCCAACACGUCCUUCCAGGGCCUCACGGGGCCUGUGUGGGUGACGGCCACCUCUCAGGUACACAUGUCAAGACAGUUCAGGCUGUGGAGUCUGCGCCAGGAUCCUCGGGGUGCCCCAGCCUGGGCCACCGUGGGCAACUGGCGGGAUGGACGUCUGGACCUGGAGCCGGGCACGGUGCCCGCACGUCCCCUGCCUCUGCCGGGCACCAGGGCCCGGUCCAAGCUGCGUGUGGUGACGCUGAUAGAGCACCCAUUCGUGUUCGCCCGGGAGCCUGACGAGGACGGGCAGUGUCCCGCUGGACACCUGUGCCUGGACCCAGGGACCAACAACUCGGCCACGCUCGACUCCAUGUUUGCCGCGCUGGCCAACGGCUCAGCCCCACGUGCCCUGCGCAAGUGCUGCUACGGCUACUGCAUGGACCUGUUGGCCCGGCUGGCCGAGGACGCCCCCUUCGACUUCGAGCUGUACAUCGUGGGUGACGGCAAGUAUGGCGCCCUGCGGGAUGGCCGCUGGACCGGGCUGGUGGGCGACCUGCUGGCCGGCACGGCACACAUGGCGGUCACCAGCUUCAGCAUCAACUCGGCACGCUCGCGGGUGAUGGACUUCACCAGCCCCUUCUUCUCCACCAGCCUGGGCAUCAUGGUGCGUGCGCGGGACACCGCCUCGCCCAUUGGCGCCUUCAUGUGGCCACUGCACUGGACCAUGUGGCUGGGCGUCUUCGCCGCGCUGCACCUCACCGCGCUCUUCCUUACCCUGUACGAGUGGCGCAGCCCCUACGGUCUCACCCCGCGCGGCCGCAACAGGGGCACCGUCUUCUCCUACUCCUCGGCGCUCAACCUCUGCUAUGCCAUCCUCUUCGGCCGCACCGGGUCCAGCAAGAGCCCCAAGUGUGCCACCGGCCGCUUCCUCAUGAACCUCUGGGCCAUCUUCUGCCUGCUGGUGCUGUCCACCUACACGGCCAACCUGGCCGCCGUCAUGGUCGGGGACAAGACCUUCGAGGAGCUGUCAGGGAUCCACGACCCCAAGGGUCUCGCUGUGCAGCUCAGGCUGGCCUUGAGCUCACUCUGUAGCCCAGGCUGGUCUCAAACUCGCAACGAUCCUCCUGCCUCAGCCUUCCAAGUGCUCACGUUACAGCUGCAUCACCCACCGCAGGGCUUCCGCUUCGGCACGGUGUGGGAGAGCAGCGCGGAGGCCUACAUCAAGGCUAGCUUCCCGGAGAUGCACGCCCACAUGCGGCGCCACAGUGCCCCCACCACGCCAGGAGGUGUGGCCAUGCUCACGAGCGACCCCCCCAAGCUCAACGCCUUCAUCAUGGACAAAGCACUCCUGGACUACGAGGUGUCCAUCGAUCCCGACUGCAAGCUACUGACCGUGGGCAAGCCCUUCGCCAUCGAGGGCUACGGCAUCGGCCUGCCCCAGAACUCGCCGCUCACCUCCAACCUGUCUGAGUUCAUCAGCCGCUACAAGUCCUCGGGCUUCAUCGACCUGCUCCACGACAAGUGGUACAAGAUGGUGCCUUGCGGGAAGCGAGUCUUCGCGGUCACAGAGACCCUGCAGAUGGGCAUCUACCACUUCUCGGGCCUGUUUCUGCUGCUCUGCCUGGGCCUGGGCAGCGCUCUGCUCAGCUCGCUGGGCGAACAUGUCUUCUAUCGCCUGGUGCUGCCGCGGAUCCGCCGGGGCCGCCGUCUGCAGUACUGGCUGCACACCAGCCAGAAAAUCCACCGCGCGCUCAACACGGAGCGGCCCCGGGCUUCGGAGCGGCUGGAGGUGGAGUCCAGUGACCCCGAGGAACGGCAGCAGGACACUCAGGCGGACCCCGAAAGCCCUGGACAGUGGAAACGCGUGCGCCGGGCCGUGGGCACAGAGCGCCGCCGCGUGCGCUUCCUGCUGGAACCUGCGGUGGCUGCGGCACAGGACAAGGAGCCCGGGCAGCCUGAAGGUCCCGUCUGGCUGUGCUCCAACGGGCGGUCCCCCACGCCACCGCGGCCGGGAGAGCUGGAGGAGCUGGAGCAGCACAUAGAGGCUGUGCGUGAGAGGUUGCGCCAGGCCCUGCUGCGGCGCGGGGAGCUCCGGGCCCGGCUCGGGGAUGGCACCCGCCACCGGCCGCUGCGACUGCUGCAGCCCGCGCCGGUCCCUGAGGACGCACCAUGAGGCCACCCUUGCCCACACGCAAGCGCAGACGGGACGCUGUCCGCGGACAGUUUAUUCUAUAUACAAACACAAUUUUGUACACUGCAAUUAAAUAGAAUGGAAUGCA